GAGAACCAGGAAAUGUCAGAUCUGUAUCCUGUAUCUGUCUCCAAACACUGUUGGCAAACAGUAGAGUCGAUCACAUUGCGAUGGCGUGUUGCCGUACACUCAAGUUAUUUCGUCCCGCUAAAAUUGCAUUCCUGUCCUCCAUUCAACAGGUAGACAAAGUGUAUCAAAGAACCCCAGCUACUCUCCUAAGGUACUGCAGCUCCUCAGGUAACAAUGAGAACGUUAGCCGCUACCCAGUUCCCUACAAGAAGGAUCUGCCUUAUGACAUCGUGGAACUCAUGGAUGAGGUAGAAACAAAGGGUGGUUUCCUCCCGAACGUGUUUAAGGCACUGUCUCAUAGGCCGGAUGAAUUCCGAGCCUUCUUUGCCUAUUACAAUACCCUUAUGAACAAAGAAACAGGGAAUUUGUCAAAGGCGGAUCGUGAGCUGAUUGUUGUCGCCACAAGUGCCCACAAUCAUUGCCUGUACUGUGUCAUUUCCCAUAGUGCAUUGCACCGCAUCUACUCCAAGAAACCCGGUCUAGCAGAUCAGGUGGCAGUGAACUACAGCACAGCUGAGUUGAGCCCUCGCGAGCGCGCCAUGCUGGACUUCGCUCUGACCGUGUGCCGCAGCGAAAACGUGACGGACCAGCACUUCAAAGCACUGGCGGAUCACGGCCUGGACCGCGAGGACGCCUGGGACAUCGCCGCCAUCGCCGCCUUCUUCGCCAUGUCUAACCGCCUGGCCCACCUCACAGACAUGAGGCCCAACGAGGAGUUCUACAACAUGGGCCGGAUGCCACGGGCCAAGGCUGGGAAGGGAGAGAAGGCGAAAGAUGGCAGUGCGUGAUUGAGGAGUGUAGUGUUGGCAUUACCGCCCCCCUGAUGCCCGUCUCCUGAAGUUUUCAGGGUUUAACUGUCCAGUCUGUGCCUUCAUCACCUCUGUUCCCUAGCGGUCAUGCCAGUGUUGGAAUGCCAGUGUAGGAAGUCGCGGCCCCAGUGGAAUUUGGGCAUAGAAACACUCAACCAUUUUAAUUCAGUUUUUCUAAAUGAUGGAAGAUGUUAUGUGCUAACAUAAGUAAAGCUAGCUACUGCUGUACUUCUCUUGAAACACUAUGAUGGCCGUCGGGGGUAUUUGGAAUACUUUAGAAACAAAGAUUACAAAGAUUUGCUCAAAGACUUGAAGUUUGUAUGAAAGCAGAUUUCAGAUGGGUACUUCCCUGUCAGCACGUGGUGCCAUAAGCAGCAAGUUCUAGUUUGGUGUCACAGCUCCCAUGAAAGCAUGUAGUCACAGCUUUGAUUAGCAGUCAAACCCAGAUACCCUUAUGUAAUGACCGUUACAGUCAACAGCACUAAUGAGCAACAUAGUGGAGGAUAGGUACUGUGAGAUGGUUAGGUACAAUACACUAACAGGCAACCCACAGAUAUGAGCCAGCAUCUUUGUUUUAUACUGUGUUGCUAUACAUACAUACAUGCUCAUUACAUUGUAGUUCUUAAUUGUCUAUGAGAACAUAUGGACCUACACAAUAGCACUAAUUUAAUUAUUCACACCAAUACUCACCCUUGAUUUUAGUUACUAUACAAAUCCAUUAGGAGUUUUCCAUUUGUGACUUAAAGGUCAAUGUGAGGUCAAAUAAUAUCCUGCCAGAGAAUGCCUUCUCAUCUCAAGGCAAAUCCAAGAGAAUUCUGUGUUUUUUAUGUUCAACUCUUUAAGGCACUGAAUAUGUAUAACAUAACCUGGCUAACAGUAAUGUGCUGCUUAUACCACAAGAGGGAGAUAGAGCUUAACACUUGUAGUUGUUUGUUUUCCUUAGUGUGUACUUGUUUGUUUUUUCCUCUUCUUUGGGCACGUUUGUAAAAAAUAAAAAUAAAAGAUUUUA